CUCAACAGAGAAGAAGACUGAGAGAGAGAGAGAAGUAGGCAGAAGAAGAAGAAGAAGAAGAAGAAGAAGAAGAAAUUGAAGUUCUCUCGAGGCGUGCUUCGAUGGCGAUAUCAGUAGCAGCAGCAGCUUCGUCCUCUGUGGCAGUGAUUGCUCCACGUGUCCCCGCCGUCUCCACCCGAUGCUCCGCCGUCCCUUACCUUCCUCCUCCUCGCUCCUUUGGCCGAUCCUCUUUCACCGUUCCGUUGAAGCUUGCUUCAGGGAAUGGUUUGCAAAAGGUUGAAUUGAUGAAGAUGAGAGCUUCUUCAGACGAGACCUCCAUCGACACCAACGAACUCAUCACUGACUUGAAGGAAAAGUGGGAUGGUCUUGAGAACAAGUCGACUGUGCUUCUUUAUGGAGGAGGAGCCAUUGUUGCUGUUUGGUUAUCUUCCAUUGUUGUUGGUGCCAUCAACUCUGUUCCUCUGCUUCCCAAAGUUAUGGAACUUGUCGGUCUCGGGUACACUGGAUGGUUUGUCUACAGAUACCUUCUCUUCAAGUCAAGCAGAAAGGAAUUGGCUGAGGAUAUUGAUUCCUUGAAGAAGAAGAUCGCAGGAAGCGAAUAGAUUCAUUUUUAAAAAUAAACAAGCUUUGUUUUUGUGAAGGUUUUCUUUCAUGUAACAUCGUGUUAUUAUACAAUUGUCUCUGUUUCAACAUUGUUGUGUAUCCGCAGCAGUAUCUGAAACUAUUAUCUUGGAUCCA